UACAUAUGUUUAAAAUAGAAACAUAAAAUAGUGUGACCAGCUGAUGUGCUGGUCCCAUGAAUUUGUCCAUCUCUGGUGAACAGCUGUCAUCAUCGCCGCCCUUAUAAAAAACAACGAUAUAACAAGAUGGCCUUCAACUUCACCGCCUUUACGUACAUAGUGGCCCUGAUAGGCGAUGCAUUUUUAAUAUUUUUCGCAAUAUUUCAUGUCAUUGCCUUUGACGAGCUGAAAACGGAUUAUAAAAACCCAAUAGAUCAGUGCAACAGCCUCAAUCCGCUGGUUUUACCGGAGUACUUGCUGCACAUCUUCCUGAACUUGCUGUUCUUGUUCUGUGGCGAAUGGUUUUCACUUUGUAUCAACAUCCCCCUCAUAGCCUAUCAUAUUUGGCGCUACAAAAACCGCCCUGUGAUGUCUGGACCUGGACUUUACGAUCCUACCACGGUCUUAAAAACCGACACCCUAUCCCGGAAUAUGCGUGAGGGCUGGAUCAAAUUGGCCGUCUACUUGAUCAGCUUCUUCUACUAUAUAUACGGCAUGGUUUAUUCGCUCAUCUCGACAUAGAGGUAUUGAGGCAGCUGCCUCGGGAUCUCAUUGUUGGCGCCAGCGCAUCCGCAUCGUGUAUUAGUUGUCAGAACUCAAGUGGAAGACUCCCUUUCUAAGGGAGAUUCCCAAUCAACCGCGAACAAUACUUCACUUGUAAAUUCUAGUGUAAAACCAUACAAAACAUAUUGCAGCUUUGUUUUUUUAUAAUUUGUAACCUAUUGUCUGCAUUAAGAUAUUUUAACGUUUUUUAUUAUAAUUUUUUUUUGCAUUUCGCAUCCUUGGUGUAGAUGGAUUUUAAGAAUUAAAUAAAUGUCAAAACAAAGUAA